AUGGUCGUUCCCAUGGAGCAGCUUGAAAAGUUUUUGACACUUCAAGAGGAAUUCAAGGACUUAGAGGAUGAAGACUACUACGAAUCCUGGGGAAGUGGUGUAGAUGACUUGACAGAUGAAGCUGAUCCAGAUGAAGGUGACAUUUCAGCCGUGGAGGACUUGCUGGAGCAUGCGGAGCAUGCGCUGAACUACAAGCGGAAGCGCCAAAAGAGCAAAAAGCAGCCAUAA